AGAAACUUCGCCCCGCAUCGUUUAUUUACUCACUUCCAUUUCCAUUUCCAUUUCCAUUUCCGUUCCCACAAACACACAGUGAUUAGUGAAGAACUGAAUAUCACCAAGAAGUCAAGAACCCACUAACUGAAUAUCGCCAAGAACCCAAGUAGCCAAAGAUGGCGAAACAAGAAGUUAUUCUCCUAGAUUUCUGGGCAAGCAUGUAUGGGAUGAGGGUCAGGAUAGCACUUGCUGAAAAGGGCGUUUCAUACGAAUACAGAGAAGAAGAUUUGAGAAACAAGAGUCAGCUUCUCUUGGAGAUGAACCCGAUUCACAAGAAAAUUCCGGUCCUAAUUCACAACGGCAAACCGAUCUGCGAGUCAAACAUCAUCGUUGAGUAUAUUGAUGAAGUAUGGAAAGAUAAAGCUCCAUUGCUUCCUUCUGAUACUUACGGCAGAGCUCGGGCGAGGUUUUUGGUCGACUUUAUUGAGAAGGUAUACCACAAUGGGAGGAUUUUGGUGUACAAAGCAAAAGGGGAAGAACAUGAGACAGCUAGGAAAGAGUUCAUAGAUUCCCUUAAACUGAUUGAAGGAGAGCUUGGAGACAAACCUUAUUUUGGAGGUGACAGUUUCGGCUACGUUGAUGUGUCUUUGAUCCCAUUUUAUGCAUGGUUUCAAGCCUAUGAAACGUUUGGGGAAUUGAACGUAGAACAAGACUGCCCAAAAUUGAUUGCUUGGGCUAAAAGGUGCUUUCAGAACAAGGAGAGCGUGUCUAAUGUUCUUCCUGAGUCGGUAAAGAUAGUUGCCUUCGUUCAACACGUAAGGAACAUUUUUGGAGUCGGUGAGUAGAACUUUGAGGUAUCAAAGCCGAUUUGUUGUUUGUGUUAUUGCUUAUUUCGCUUUCUUAACAAAAAAAAUAAAUAAACAAAAAAAUAAUUAGAUGUGUUUGUCCUUUAUUAAUAAACUAGAUUAUGACCCGCGUUAAACGCAGGGAACAUAAAUUAAAUAUAUAUCACAUUAAUAAGUGGCAUUGUCUUAGGUG